CCAACACAGCUCCCACUCUCUUCACAAACCACAAGCACAGAGAAGAACAUCUGCUGUUGCUGCGAUCCAUCAAACCUGUUGAAUUAACAGAAAUGGCCACUCAUUCUCCAUCAAAUGAAAGUAUCUUCAACGAAACCUGUAAUGUGUUCACCUACAAGGAUUCAGCUCGGAUUCUCUUUCCCAUCUUCUACAUCAUUGUGCUUGUCGUCAGUAUAUCAGGCAACACCCUGGUCCUGUACAUUACUAGCCAGAAGAAGAAGAAGUUCAACUCCACCACACUGUACCUGAUCAACUUGGCCAUCUCUGAUACCCUCUUUACUCUUGCUCUUCCCGGUCGAAUCACUUACUACAUCCGUGGUUUUGACUGGCCCUUUGGAGAUCUUCUCUGCAGGCUCACUGCUGUUAUUUUCUAUUCAAACACCUACACAGGCAUCGCUUUCAUGACCUGCAUCAGUGCUGAUCGCUACCUGGCCAUGGUGCAUCCACACAGGUGUCCGAAACUGAGGAGUCUGAAGGUAGUGCGAGGAAUUUGCAUCCUGGUCUGGGCAAUCGUUUUCCUAGAGACAUCUCCUAUGCUCUUUAGAAGCAUGAUAAAAGAAUGGCAAGGUCAACAAACAUGCAUGGAGUACUCCAACUUAGAUGAUUCUUCUAUAACCCCAUAUGUGCUUUUGCUUGCUUGUUUUGUUGGGUUCUGUUUGCCCCUGGGUCUUAUCCUGGGAUGCUACAGCCAGAUUAAUUCCAAGCUUUCCAAGACAGCCAAGGAGAACCCUAUGACUGGCAAGUCAGGAAAAAGCAGCAGGGCCAAGAACAUAAUAUUACUGAUUUUGCUGAGCUUCAUGCUGUGCUUCUGCCCCUACCACGUCAAUAUCAUGCAGUUCAUGGUGCGCAGACUUCUCCAUAAGCCUUCUUGUGAGGAAAUGAAGACCUUCAAAAUGUCUCUUCAGGUCACUGUGUCCAUGAUGAAUAUCAACUGCUGCCUGGAUCCAGUCAUCUACUUUUUUGCAAUUAAGACUUACAAGCAAAGAGUAAUGAGCCUUUUUAGAGGAUACAUGCCUGCAACACUCUCCUCAAAGAGCAUGCCUGAUAACAGCACCAGCAACACUUGAGCAACAUCCUGUUGAGUAACCAGAUCCAAUGUUUAAUUACUGAAAUCCAACAAUUUAAAGGGAAAAAAUAUUUGAUAAAGGACUUAUGAAUGAAGAAUUCCACAUAUGUUUUGUAAGGGACUGACACACUGAUGACAUUCUAUCAACCAUUUAUUAUCAGAUAACUGAUAAAAAUGAUCCAAACGAAUAUCAUUUCACUUUGAUUCUGUUCUUAUGUGAAUCUAGGAUCAGUUUUCUUUAAUUUUCUGUCUUUGUUUUGAAAACUCCACAACAAUACCAAAAUCGCCAUAGUGUUAAGAUUCAAUCUGUAAGUAGACUGAGGAACAAACGAAUCCUUAUUAUCUUCAGAAACUAUGACUA